GACGUAAUUCAUUCUCACCCAAAGAGGUCUAUACUAUGUUUCCCAGCGUCCAGGUCUUUAGACGUGUUGGUGCCUCUAAUAAUUAUAACCUAAUGACUGAGAGAACUAUCUUUUAUUCUACUUCUAAUGUCAGUACUAGCGGAAUGUUUGAAUAUCCACUCAAUCCUCCUAUACCAGUAAUGAGUGGAGACCUGUUAGCUGUAUCACAACCAGAACAAGGACUCAGUACUGUUAGAUUGUACUACAUUGAUAAUGUUCCAGGGGUCAGCUUCAGUAGCAGUCAGCAAACAUUUGGUGAAAAUAGUUUUAAAUUGAACAACCUUCCAACCACCACAAAUCAAUUGAUAUUAGUAUAUCCAGUAACAGAUGGAUACUGUGUUAACAGUGCCAAUUCAAUCACUCCCUCAGUUAUUAGAAAUAAUUUUCUAACAAUCCAAAGUAGUGGAGAUAUUGAUCAGAGAAGGCAGUAUUUAUAUCCUGAAAUUGUGUUUUCAUGUAAUGGAUCCCUCACUAAAUGGAUAUAUGGAGGAGAGCCAGUUUCAGGCAAUAACAGAAAUGAUUUACCUGAGCUCCAAAUAUGGCGUCAACUGGGUCCCAAUAAUUACAAUAAAAUAGGAUCUAGUUUAGUUAAUGCUAAUACAAUGAUUGGUACUAAUCUCUAUGAGUUUAUUCCUCAGACUCCACUGCAGUUCCAGGAAGGAGACAUAUUUGGUGUUCAUAGUCCUCAAUCAACUCAAAGACUUUUUGACCUUUAUGAGCAGGUAAGGAAUGGACCACUUAAUGAACGAGUCGGUGGUAAUGUUGCUGAUCCUUCUUCAACAAUAACUCAAGCACUUGUAACAGACACAAAUAAUGAUUUCCCAUUAGUCACUGUAGAAGUAUCAAUCUCUGUGGCAUCUAGUGUUACUUCAUCAACAAGUACAAGUCCAGUCAUUAGUACAACUUUUGUAAUGAUAACCUCUACAGCACUUACCGCAGCUACUAUUAGCACUACUGAUAAUACCAUAUUAUCAUCUACAGUGGUGUCCAUCACUCUCAGUAGUACUUCAUCUGUACUGGUAACUGCCACUCCUAGUUCAUCUGUGACCACUGAUACUCCUCCUAGUAUCUCAUCUAGUAUCAGUAGAAGUGAUGAUUUUAAUUCAUUACUUUUGUCACUUACUUAUUCUAGCAGUUCAUUUGAUACUACUCUAGUUACUAGUUCAACAGUGAUCAUUACUACUGCUCCCAGUGACUCCUCAGUUAUUGCUACGACUGCAACUAGUACUGCCCCUAGCAGUACUUCUGUGAUGACUAAUACUCAUUCUAGCAGUUCGUCUAUGACUGAUACCACUUCAACAUCAGUCGCUACUUCUGCCUUUAGCAGUACCUCUAUGAUGACUAAUACUCCUUCUAGCAGUUUGUCCAUGACUGACACCACUCCAACAUCAGUUACUACCUCUGCCCCUAGCAGUACCUCUAUGAUGACUAAUACUCCUUCUAGCAGUUUGUCCAUGACUGACACCACUCCAACAUCAGUCACUACUUCUGCCCCUAGCAGUACCUCUUUGAUGACUAGUACUCCUCCUAACAGUUCAUCAGCUACUAUUCCUCCUAAUACUGUAUCUGCAACUUCAACUGGAUCUACUGCUUCUAGCAGUUCAUCUGUUAUCACUGGGGCUACUACUCCUUCUAGUAGUUCAACUGAUAGCAUAACUAGUUCUUCUCACGCUGUAACUUCAUCUCCUACCGCAAGUCCUUCAGUGAUCUCAAACCCUUCAGCUGGCAGUGGUGCUUCUACAGUGAUUGCUGUAGUCAUUAGUAUAUUAGUGCUAUUUAUAGCCACCAGUGUGGGUAUCAUUAUUGUCUUAUUGCUUGUUAUGAAGAAGAGGAAGAAACGCUACACAGACCGUGUGACAUUGCUUACAGCAUCAUUUAGCGCAUCAAGUACAUUACGUAGUGAGGGAGGUUAUACUAUUAACAAUGUGGUGUAUGAUGAUGUAGACAAAUUAUCAGGGCCUGUGACUUAUGAUCACUAUGAAACAGCACCCGAUGUCCCACAGAGAGGAUCUACUGUUUCUAACCCACUUUACAGUGAUACUAAUAUGCAGCAGAAAACAUCUACUAUUUCUAAUCCACUUUAUGGUGAUAAGUCAUUUGAAGCAGCAGCAGUAGAAACUGCAUAUGAAACGCUAAUAACAGACAAGAAGUCCUCACCAGUCGAUGAUAUAAAAGUUGAAGGACAUUUACCAGAUGAUCAAAUCAAUAUUUAUGAUGAAUUAAAUAAUCAAUCAGCCUUGCCAUCAGCCAAAAGCAAUGAAGAGCCACAUUACUGGGCACCUGGUGAUGACACUAGCAGUAUAUAUCAGCAAAUGGAGUCAAAGGGUUACAAACAACUAAAAGGAAAUGAUAUAAAAAUUAGUAAUGAGUUAGGAUCUGGUGAGUUUGGUACUGUCUAUGAAGGAACGUGGUUUUCAAAACCAGUUGCCAUUAAAACAUUAAAGAAUAGUUCCGAGGAGCAAGAUAAGGUCAAGUUUCUUCAAGAGGCAGCCAUUAUGGGUCAGUUUCAUCAUCCUAACAUUGUCAAGUUACAUGGAAUGGUCACUGUUGGAGAUCAAUAUUUUCAAGACAUAAUGAACAAAGUGUCAGUAUUAUUGAGUUUCGGAGAGUUGACUAUCUUCCAUUACGCUCACUGCAGCUGA